UUUCGACCCCUCCAAAGGCCUCGUGACCAACGGAGCAGAGUCUCUCUCUCUGUCUCUCUACGAUUCACACCAUAUGCUUGAGCUUCAGCGAUUGGCUCGAAGCAGGGAAGAGAGAGAGAGACGAAAUGGGCAUGCAACUGAAGGUCAAUUGCGUUUACCUACUUCGGCCGCGCUCGAAUCUUGCGGGUCGCCGCCCGUUCUUGACACGUUUGGGUCCAUCGUUAUCUGCGCCGUCGCAUCGUUCUCCGCAACUCAAUGCUCGUCGUUGGGUGGAGAGAACUCUCGGUCUUGGUUUGAACAGACCGGCUGCCGGCGGUGGAGCGGGAAGUGGAAGGCGGAGACGGAGGAGCGGAGGGUCUGACGUUGUGGUGGCGGCAUCGGGCAAUGCGGCGGCGCCGUCCUGGGAUAGCUGGAAGCCCGACAAGGCUUCGUCGGCGCCGUCUCUCAGCGACAUCGCUUGGCCUGCCGCAGGGGCAUUUGCUGCAAUGGCGAUAUUUGAAAAGAUGGAUCAAAUUUUAGCACCAAAAGGAAUUUCGAUGACAAUUGCUCCUCUUGGUGCUGUUUGUGCAGUCCUCUUGACUGCUCCCUCUUCCCCUGCUGCUCGGAAGUAUAACAUGUUUAUGGCUCAGAUAGGAUGUGCGGCCAUUGGUGUGCUAGCAUUUUCCAUGUUUGGGCCAGGUUGGCUUGCUCGGAGCACGGCUCUGGCUGCAUCUAUUGCUUUCAUGAUUUAUACCCGUUCAACACAUCCACCGGCUGCGAGCUUGCCGAUACUGUUCAUUGACGCUGCCAAGUUGCACCACUUGAAUUUUUGGUAUGCCAUUUUCCCAGGUGCUACCGGUUGCGUUGUGCUCUGCCUAAUUCAAGAGAUGGUAUGUUUCUUGAAGGAGAACGCAAAAUUCUGACUUGUACAUGGAAGACAAAUUCUAAACUUUGCGAAGCUAAGAAGACUGGGAUAUUUGUACAGAAGCUAUUAUACCUGAAUCGACUUGAUUCCAGCCGAGAGAAAAGCACCCCGAGGCUCGUUCAGCCAGCAACACAAGGCAAGUUGGUGUUUUUGCAUUGUUUGUACAGAUUAUAGAUGAUGGGACAGUGACUGUUGUAGGUGAGGCAAAAUGACCUCCUCUGGCUCAAAUCUUACGAAGUUUCUGAUGAAUGCAAAUUGGUGGAAUUGAGUGUGUGAA